AAAUAUGUCCUACGAAUAUUAUCAGGAAGUUAUUAUUGAUUUAGAAAAAUUGUUCACAACAGAAAUUGGAUAUGAUGUUAUUAUAUUCGCUGGAGAAAAUAAAAAUACAGAAGAAUUACAUGCUCAUUCAAAUAUUUUAUCCACUAGGUCACAAUAUUUUUGUACGGCGUUUUCUAAUGAAUGGGCUGAAAAAAAGAAUGGAAAGUUUAUUUUUAAGAAACCUAAUGUUUCACCCGAAUUAUUUAAGAUUAUUUUAAGAUUUAUUUAUUGUGGGAAAAUUGACUUUAUAAAAUUACAAUGUCCCGAGAUUUUAAAACUUUUGGCUAUAGUGGACGAGCUUGGUAUUCAAUCAUUAAUAUCUUGUAUUCAAGAAUAUUUAAUUAAACAUCAUGAUGAAUUUUUACAACAGAAUCCUAUAGAAAUUCUCGAAACAGUUUAUCAGCAUGAAUCAUUCGAACAGUUGUGGAACCAUUGUCUUGAAAAAAUUUGUGAGGAUCCAAGAAUUUUAUUUAAUUCCGAAAAAUUCAUUAAUUUAAAAUCAUCUUUAUUAGAAUUAUUAUUAAAACGGGAUGAUUUAUAUUUAGAGGAAAUUAUUAUUUGGGAUGGUUUAUUAAAAUGGGGUGUCGCACAAAAUCCUUCUAUUUCAAAAGAUGAUGAUAUCACAAAGUUGAAAAAGGAUGAUAUUACAAUUAUGAAGAAAACUCUUCAUAAUUUUAUUCCAUUAAUAAGAUUUUAUCAUAUUUCGUCAGAAGAUUUUCUUGAUAAAGUAUAUCCUUUAAAAGAUUUAUUACCAGAAGAUUUACUUGAUGGUUUAUUAAAAUUUCAUAUCGCAUCAAGUAGGAAAUCAGAUGUUAAUGAUAUUCAACGUCCUAGACAAUUAAAAUGUAUUUAUGACUCAAUAUUGAUCGAAAAUCAUCAUUUUGCUAAUUUUGCUAAUUGGAUUGAUAAGAAAGAUUCUUUACUUUAUAAUAUAAAGAAUAAUCCUUAUAAUUUUAAUUUACUUUAUCGUGCUAGUAGAGAUGGUUAUACACCUGAAGCGUUCCAUUCUAAAUGUGAUAAUAAAGGUGCAACUAUAGUUGUUGCUAAAAUUAGCGAUUCUGAUCAAAUAAUUGGAGGUUAUAAUUCACUUCAAUGGGAUUCAAGUGAUCAAAAUAGUUCCACAGUUGAUAGUUUUAUAUUUUUAUACUCUGAUAGAAAGAACGCAAAAUUGAGUUAUAGUAAUGGUGAUCAAUUUUCUAUAAGAAAUAUUGCGUUAAAUGGACCAACAUUUGGUGGUGGUAAUGAUUUAUAUUGUGAUAGUAAUGGUACUUGGAGAAGUAAUGGUUCAUGUUCGUAUCCUAAAAUUGAUGGUAUGCGAAAAGGAAUAAUUAAUGUAAAUGAUUAUGAAGUAUUUCAAGUUAUAUUAAAAAGGAAGGACGAAAAUAUUCAAGUUCAAAAAAUUAAUCAAGAUUUAAAUUUAAAUUUGAAAAAUAAUAAUAAUAUAGUAGGAAAGACUAAACCAGAUAAAAUUAAAAAUAAUGAAGAUAAACUCGUUAAAAGAAGAAGUUUUAAAUUAUUUAAAACUUUAUUUAAUGAAAAAAGAAAACAACAAUAA